AUGGAUUCCAACAUAGUUUUUUCUGAUGUAGUGCAUGGUGAUUGGACUGUUCAUGAUAAUGAAGUUGUCAUCUCUUCCGAAGAGGUUCUUCCUGCUGUCACGAAAACUGAGGUUAUCAGUGAUGCUGAGAAGGUUUCUGGUGAAGAACAAAGCCAUGAAAACGACGAAGUGAUCGACAUUGAAAGUCAUAGCGACUUAGAAGAUUUGGAUAAGGAACCAACUAACAACAUCCAUGAGUCAAUGCAUCCAAGCUCGGCACCUAUGCCACACGAUCCGAAUGUAUACAUGAGUCCGCAGUACUUCGAAUCUGUUGUUCGGCAAGAACCUAUCCCUCAGCAGUUUCUUUAUUACCCUGGCUUCGCUCAUGGAUACUCCGUUUCUUCUACGUACCACCAGCCGUUCGUUUCAAUGGUUCGUCAGAAGAAGACCAGUGCUCUCGCUACUGUUCUUGGGUACUCGCUACGACCUCCAGUUCCUGUUAGUGAAAUCUGGUUAUUCCUCGAAAGUUUGUGGACCCAGCACAUAGCUCAAUCGCACAUCGACUAUGUUCCUAGGUACCCAUUUGGAUAUGAGAACCAAUAUAGUCAGCAGGUGGAUGUAAACUACAACGAGCUCAUCAACGAGGAACAAGAUGUAAAAAUCAGUUGCACUAUAUCAAAGAAUCCUCAUGAAAACAAAUCCACCCGGUUCGAAAACGUCGAGGAAAAAGCUGCUUCUCCAUCUUCAUCAUUUCCAUUUACAGACUGUUGUCGAGAGAAUGUGUCAUGUAUUCCAUCUCGUCCCAUUCCCAGCUUCGGUCUCUCUACUGAAGAAACUUCCAAUGACUUUUCGACAGGAGCCAGCCAUGGGAAGUCUAAGGAAGCUCGACAAAACCAUCACAUUGCGAGAGUAGCAGACUAUGUUGACGGAGGCCUCUUGGACGGUGGUAUUAGUAGACACCAGACUGACGAGGCGCUGGGGACGGACAACGGAGAUACUGGCGCAAUUGAAGUAGAGAGCGAAGACGAAAACGAUGAGAUUGUCGUUGUCGACGACGAGGGAGACAUCGGCGCCGCUCCUACAACUGCUGUUAGCGAUAAAGACGACGCUGAAGAAGCUGCCACGUCAUCUGGUGACACUAAACAUCAGAAAAGUCCACUCGAAAAACUUCUUCUGCAGCCUGUGAAAAAACGAUUAUAUUCAGCUGCUAUCACUGUUGGCCACCCACAUCAAACUGGCGCACAUCUCAACAUAAACAAUAUUACCAGUUGUACAAACUGUUCUUUAAUACCGUUUUCUCAGACAUUAGUGUUGUGCAUUCACAUGCGUCAAACGAAAACAAGCAUCGAUACCACUAUAGAUCUUUCCCGAAGUUAUGAUCAAUGUGAUGGGAAUAAGGCACAGGCAGAAUUAUUUCUAUACUCUCAACCAUUAAAUUCGUUCACUCUACAUUUCCUUCUCUUCCGUUCAUCCAUUGGUCCAUUCCCAUCAUUCGCUUCGUCAGUUCAUGCCUCUUUUCCAUCCGAGCGACUCCUUCCCAUCAUCAUGCGUGUUGUCAAGCUCACCCCCGGAAGGCAGUUGAUGUUAAAGUAUCCACCGUUUGCCGUUGCUUUCAGUGCUAUCGGGAAUCCGCCACUGCCAUCCGGUCAACAUCCACCAUCGCCUAAAAGGAUGCAGUUUUAUCAGCCUCCUGCCCAGCAGCAUCUGGCUAGAAACACUCCCCCUCCUGGAUUCGCGCAGCCAUAUGGUAUGGGGAUGCGUCCACACGAAGAAGAAACUCGCCAAAUAAUGAAUUUGGAUAGUCAACAGACGCAUAACUCAUCACCUACCUCAUCUUGGCAACGUAUGACUGAAUGGGUGGUUGAAGCAAAUGCGGUUGUAGUGACGGACGGGCUUGGAUGGACGAGCGACAAGAGAAGUACCGAUGGUGUAGUGUUAUACGAGCGAACGAGAGAAGAAGAGAAACGAAUGAAGCCAUCUCCUUCAACGAAUCAACCGUAUCCAAUGACAAAUUUGAAUGCCUAUCAACAACGAGGCCCAAAUAUUUAUGCUGCUCCAGUUCCUCCUCAAAUGGUUCAUCAGAACGGACCACCUGGUGUUGUUCCUACAUCAAAUCCAUAUUAUCCAGCACCUGGACCUCCGCCAUCCCAUCACCAUAUUCAACCACAGGCACCGAUGAUGCCACCAGGAAUGCAUGGGCAACAACAACAACAGCAACCGUACUACAAUACACAGUCUCCACUAACUGGUCCGUUUCUGAAUCACUGUACUAUCUAUUACUGGUCAUCUGCAUCUAUGAACUAUGGAAGUUCGCAGAUGCCGGUACCUCCGCCAGCAACUAAUGGUUCUACACCAAUAUUCAAUUUCUCAAAACCAAGAAGUUCGAACGAAGGUUCAUCAGCAAAUGGUGGAGGUCAUCGGAGAAAGAAGCACAAUGACUUGGUUGGUUAUCACCAUAUCCGAAUUUCUGAAUUUGAACUGUUAUUUCAGAGCUCUCCUCGUUAUAAUAGCAAUGGGAGCGAAGAUGUCGAUGGAUCUAUCUUCCCAGAUAUGUCAGAUUUUCCACUUCUUGAUGUUGUUCAAUCAAAAGCCAAAAAAGAUGCCGGUAGGAAACCGUGUCGUCCACACCUUUGCGAACAAUCCAGAAUGCUGAUUUCACGUGUUUGCCAUUUCCAUAGGGAGUUUGUAAAAAGGACAGUCCUAGAGCAUACUCAAAAAUUUUCUUCCAGACUUCCUUCUCGUCAUCCUCUCGCCAAUUCACCAUUUUCGAAGCCCGACCAAUGGACCUCUCAAAUUAUGGGAAUUUCAUUAGCAACUGUACGGAAGUGUAUUGAUAUGGCUGUAGAUGAAGAAGUAUUCACAAGGUGCACAGAUAAGAAUCUAGUGAAUCUCACGCCAUCUGAAAGAGCCGAACGAGAAGAACUUCUUUCAAAGUUAUCUACUGUUUUUGAAGAUGAAAAGACACUUGGAGCAGGAACAGCUGGCAUGACCAUUGCAGAAUAUUCGCCGCGUCGAUCAUAUUCGAACACUCUUGUUCGUCAAUCAACCGAUGACAAAUCGUCGAAUUCUUCAUUUGCAAAUGGAGCUGACUACGGCAGCAGUGAAACUACUCUGUUGAAUCUUGAUGAUCACUCAAAUCAUUCUAAAGAUUUCGCUUCCACACCAACAGCUGAAUUGAACAAUGGUGGCCAAAUCUAUGAAGAGCUUGGAUCAAUCGGCGGUGGGACCCAGGAGUCUGAAGAUAAAUCUACUCCAGCUGUUGAAACUCCCAAAAGAGGAAGACCGCGUAAAACUCCAGGAAUGCCAGCUAAGUCGUCGAGCAAACAACAUCAAUCCCAGGAAGACAGUGAAAUGUCUGAGGAUGUAAGUCCGAAUAAACCUUGCGCUUUAAAGAAAGAGGAACAUGAGAAGAAGACUGAAGACGAAGAUGAGACUACCGAGGAGAGUGAGAAAAAGUCAGAAGAGACGGAGCAAUUAGUCUUAGCUGCUGAGCGAGAUGAUGACGCGGCAUCGAGCGAGGGAACAAAUCGCAGUGAAACUGCCACUCCAGAGCCAGCUGCAGACACAUCGGUAGCCAAAAAGACUCGUGCAGCAGCUAGACGAAAGAACACAAGAACGAUUGAAGAAGAACUUCCAGCUGCGGCAAAGAAGAAGAGAGGAUCGGUUACGGCUGCAACGGCUGGAGUUCCCGGGCUAGAUGACGAAAAUUCAGAUCACAAAAUGGUGACAAGGUAG